AUGUCGGUCGCACCGAGCACACCGCACGCAGCACGUCGCAGAUCUGAGGAAGCGAUCGACGGGCCGGAAGGGGUCGGACGUACGGUGCGACCGUCCGCUAGUCCGACCGGAAGUGGAUCGAACCAACCCGCACAGCAGCCUCCCAGCCGGCACGGCCCAGCCGACGAAAUGCGGCAGUUCGAAUUUUGCAACAGGCCCGCGACCGGUGCCACCAACACCAACUCCACCACCGCACCGGAUGUUGUUACGAAUCCAGUACGAUUGGUGGUCGUACGCGUACGUCAUCCAGACGACAAUAUAAAUGUACAUUUGCAUACAUACCGGAACGGUGGUGGUAAAUGUGUACCGCUGCGUAAGGAUUGGUGCAGAAUGCUCUGCCCCGGCAUGAUAUUGGUGCACGAGGUUCUUUUGGCGGUGUUUCUCAGCAUGGCGGUACUCUCGGUGGAUUCGAAAUCGAUAGACACGAAACAGCAACAGCAGCAGCACCAUCACCAUCAUCAACAGCAUGGCCAAACACCGGAACAACGCAUGUGGUUGAAUCCCUGUGGGUAUCCCUCGCCGUACGAGAUUAAAAUCAGCACACCAAUCAAUGUUGACCUCGCCAAAAUGCGCGAUCAAGUCAACACAUCGCUCGGCACGAUGGAGGUGUCGAUCAGAAAUUACACAAAAACCAUUUUCGGCGUACCGAUUGAUCGGCACCACACAACAUGGGAGGGUCGAGAUGAACCGUGGAUCUACAACGAUGGGUUACGCAUACCGAAGAAGUUUCGCAACGACAUUGUGGACACGAUCUACAUGCGCAUCUCGUACAUGUCGAUCCAGGAAGCGACGCGUGACUUUUACCGGCUGCUCAAGGACUCGUACCGCCGCUACAUUCGGCUCGCGAAAGGGAUCGAGAAGAUGAAGGAGGACCUGGAGAACGUGCACAACAAGGCAAAGUACAAGCGGUACGAGAUCGAGCUGCUGAACCAGGUGCGGGAGGAGGUGCGCCAGAGCCUGCAGCAGGUGUUGUGCGAGAUCUUCGAAGUACUGGUGGUGAUCGACAAGAAGUUCCUGUUCCAGACGCUGCGGGAGGAUCACGCGAUCGACAUCAAUGAUUCGUACCUGGACGAAAGUGAACGGAAGCUGCGCGACUGGACGAUCUACCGAGAGCUGAUCAAUCAGCUCGAGUACAUCAUCCAGUACAUGAAGGCGCUCGAGCAGCGGCGCACACUGAACGGCAACCAAAGCACUGAAUAG